UUUUUUUUGAGACAUUCAGGGAAGCAGAAUGCGUCGGACCUCCACAAUAAUCCCGGCUGAUUAGAAUUCUGCCCAAUACACAUUGCGUUAAUUCCCAGUUAAAGCUCGGCUCACGGAGCACCGCGCUGCGUUUGAUGUGCGCUCGCGCACAAUGCGCGCCCUGCCCUGCCAAACACACCAAAGCAGCGGCGCUUUUGAAAUUUCAUCCCCCCCGUCCUCCUCCUCAUACUCAUCAUCAUCCUCCUCCCUUUGUGACUUACGAGGGGCGGGGAACACAAACACUGAGCCUGGGGUAUAAAUGAAGCGUCACAAGCUGCAAACCGGCAGAAAGUCGCAGCCUUAAACCCUCGGAGAGCUCCGGCCUGUUGCUUUAAAGGAAUAUUAGCUGUUAUGUCUUUCGUGGCGUUUUCCGCCUGGUGCCUCGUUGUGCUCACGUGUGCAGCCGCGAGCGCCGUGUUGCACAACUCCAACGCGAUCAAGUUCGGUCCAGCUGCGGCCACUGCGAGCCCAGAUGUGCUGCCGGUGGACGGCGGGGAGCAGAACUUAGCCAUCGAUACAGCGCAGCCGCUCGUGUGCGCCACCGACUCCGAGUGCGGGCGCGAGGAAUUCUGCUUACUGUCCCGUGGCGCGUGCCUUCAGUGCAGAAAACGCCGAAAGCGCUGCAUCCGGGACGCCAUGUGCUGCCCAGGCAACCACUGCAGCAACGGAGUGUGUCAAGCCAACGACCCAGACCUCAUUCUCCAAGCAGGUGUAGAAAAGCUUGUGCCAGUUAGCACUCAGCAUCAGGCGAACGCUACAGUACUCCAGCAAUCCAAAGCAUCUGCAGCGACUCAAGGUGCACCUCAAAACCUUAAAGGUAUGGAAGGAGCUUCCUGCCUGAGAUCUUCAGACUGCGUUGAGGGUCUGUGCUGCGCUCGUCACUUCUGGUCCAGGAUAUGCAAGCCGGUGCUGAAGGAGGGCCAGGUGUGCACGAAGCACAAGAGGAAAGGCACUCAUGCUCUGGAGAUCUUCCAGCGCUGUGACUGUGGGGAAGGUCUGAGCUGCAGGAUGCAGAAAGCAGAUCAUAGCAAGGCAUCACGAAGCCUCCACACAUGCCAAAGACACUGAGACGCUUAUGAGACACUAAAUAACUUCAAGGAUUAUUUACUGAAUGGUUCUGGAAAGCGGGACCAGUCUGAAAGAACAUAGAAAAACAUCACCGGUGGAAAUGGAUACGGAAUGGGAUACUCUGUUUUUUUUUUUAUAUUGUUCUUAUUUCUCUCCAUCUCCAGUUGUGUGUGUGUGCGCGUGUGUGUGUGUGUGUGUGUGUGUGUGUGUGUGUGUUAACAUCGCAGAGAAGAUACAAAUGUUUCUCUAUGGAACUUGGCAAUUGAUGGUUGCAGUACAUUACUGUAUUGUAAAUACUAUUAGGAAGUUGGCACUUAACUCUGAUUUUUGUCAACACAUAGAGGAUGCAUCACCCCCUUUUGUAUAUACAGAUUUUCACAAUCAUACAGAGUCUGAUAUAUGUUUAUUUUUUAUUUUAAAUAAAGAGUGUAAUGAUAUUUAUGA